AAUCAACACAAACAUCUCAUCAAUCUUUCUCCACAACCACAACCAAAGCAAGCAAAAUGAGGAUGGCUCCCUUCGAAUUGAAGUCCCGAAACCUCUUCAUCUCCUCGUCCGACAACGCCACCAUAGACAUCUACUCCCUAACCAGCGCCGACGACGAAAACGCCGCCAUUAGUACCGACACAUCCACCAUCACAUCCGACGACUGGAACCUCGUGGCCUCCGCCGGACCCCUGGCCAGAACCUACGAUUCCCUCAAGGUGUUCGACAAAAUUAUCAAAGGCCGGCCGCUCAGAAAUCUCGCCGAAGAUCUCACCCAGUCCCACCUCUUGGUCAACGUCGAAGGCCUCUGCUUCCUCGACGUCACCAGCUACGUCAACCCAAUCCUCGGCUUCCACUACUUCCGCCUCCAGGAUCUAUUCCUCUGGUCCCGCCACGUGGGAGGGGAAAACGUUACAACAACCACCGUGUGGAACCCACGCGACAUCGUCUACGGCAACGUGGCGGUCGAUUACGCCGGUCGGAUCGCUGACAAGGACGCCGAGCUGGAAACGUUGACCCGCCACGUGGACGAUGCGGAGGUCCAGCUCGUGGUCACGAGGGGCGAGCUCGAUUACUACCGGAAGCACUACUGGGGAGCGACUCAGUCGUCCCAGCUCGCCGUCGCCGACGUCGGAGCCAUUGAGAGGAGGCGCCGGCCGCUGCCUCCGGCUACUUUUUCCCGGGGCGGGGAUAGCGGGAAGCUGCGGGUUCCGUCGUUGGACGGGAAGGCGGUGGAUGAUUUUGUGGUGAUUGACGACGGCGGCGACGAUGUGGGGCCGGCGCCGGAGUUUAAGGUGGGGUGGGAGGCGGCGAAGGGAGGGAAGUUCGACACGUGCGAUUGGUGGUACGUGCGGACGAGCGACCCGGACGGAGGGUCAACGAUGGUGGCGUACUACGACGGCGGGUUUGACCAUGUGGAGUUUUACAAUGGGAAGACGGGGAGGAAAGAGCGGGUGGCGGUGCCUUGUGCGGUGGACGGCAGCUUUAGGGCCACCAGGCAUCUCAGGCUGGCUACUUUGUCGUCGUUGCAGUUGAGGGUUGUAUUUAGUUACAUCCCCCCUAUCCAUUUGAGAAAUAAGAGUGCGCCAUUGUUUGUUUCGUAUUGAGCUUUAGUUUUGAACGGUAAUUAUAUGACCUAAUUUGUCAGUUCAAUUGAUUAAGUUAUAGACUAGAUAGUAACAAGAACGUUACAAGUUACAACUUUGAUAUUGUUUUUAUUUCUCGAUAUACUAUUUUAGUAAACAACCCUGCAAUUAUACAUUUACUGAUUGUGAUUAAUACUCCAAUCGAGAAGAGCCUAAUCGAGUCGAGUUUUCAUUUGGUUUGAGCUCAACUCGUGAUUUGAACUAUCUGGGUAUAUUAUCAAAUCAACUCGUGAUUUGAGCCCACCAGGUCAAACCAACUCAAAACUCCAACUAGCUGAGCAGGGGCAAACUUAUUCUUGGUUGUUUUCGUAAUAAACAAGUUCAAGAGCAAGUUAUUCUGGAUCUCAACUCCAAUUGACGUGCCAGCAAUUCUAUUAAUCUGCCGCCCUUGAAAGCAAGUAUGGGGUUUAUUUUAUUGAGUACAAGUUUGGGCUUGGGCCUUGAGCAAAAUUGUCGGGUAUGGGCCCUUUGCCAUUUAUAUGCUUACCCCAUGGCCUUGAUUGAAUCCUUCCGUGGGCUUUUCGUUGAAAAAUCCAAGAGCUCAAAGGUUUUGCACAUCGUAAUUUUUGACUUUGCCAUUCUUGAGAUGUGUGUCACUGUGUCUCCAACUUUGAUGAGAGGCCUUGGAAGAAGCGGCCAGCUGGUUAUAACAUUCAACACGUGAUCACAUCGGUAACUAACAACUCUAACCAUAAACAAGUAUGUGCGAAUUACUAUUCUCUCAUUAGCAACAGUGCUUUCGUUAAAAAAAGAAUUAUAAUCCAACAAUUUCAGCCAUUAGAUGUAAAGAAAGGGUUGCACUAGCCAAUUUGCAGUGUGAAAAAGAGAAGUUAAGGAAUAUUAAUGAUCGAGAGUACAGUAAAUAUAGUUAUGGGGGCAGCCAUUUCUGAGGCAUUCAUACAUUAAUUACAAGUCAAGAUCACAUAUUAUAGUAUUUAGAUAUCUUAUGGGGGCAGAACCAAAUAAUAUCGUCAGAACCAAAAAAAUAGUAUUUAGAUUGCCUGCACUGCAGUCAACCAAAGGAACGAAUCUAGCUAUAUAUAUAGUUGACCGCCAAGACUAGACUGCAGCUGCUACUCGAUUCGAGGAUUUUCAUGUGCGAUAUAUUAAUUGGACGAAGCAGCAAGUGAUGGCGUUGACAUGCAUGAAAACUCUGCAACGGGUGAAUACUAUAGAUAAUGGUGUGUGAACUACUGAGAAGUCAAACCGGCUAGCUAGCAUAUGAACAGAACACUGCACAAACAAUGCAGCCAAAAGUGGCGGAUUGACUGCCACGCGCACGCUAUAGCUUCAUUCCUGUCGCUAAUAAUAGGCUCUACCUUCCCCAGAUGAUGAGUUGAUUGCUUAUUAGGGUUUUGGAGGUUAGCUUCCUGGAAGCACAUCAUCACUACAACAGAUGAUGGUCUCUUUCCACUUGUGAUUGUCGGGUAUCAAAUCAUACUGGUAACUCAAGGCGUUUUGGAAAAUUUCGACAUUGAAUUUAUACAUGUUAGCAAAUCAUAAGCAGUUAAGUAUUUUUUUUUUUUUCAAAAAUAGCAUUGUUUAAAAAAUUUACAAAAAUAGC